AUGGAAUUCUGUUUCUUUGCUGUCAUGGGUGGAUUUCGUGUCUCAAUUAAGGAUAUUCGCCCAUCCGAGUCAGCUUACUUCCGGUCCUCUUACAACGGAGCUCUCCCAGAAGACCUUGCUCUAUCACCAGAUGGCAUUCGCCUCCUUGCUCAGCUUGGACACUUGAAUUUACUGCUCCCCCAUGCUUCGGAUGUCGAGGAUAAAAACAAAUCGAACGGUUUCCAGAAGUUACUGGUCAUGGUGCAACUGUCUUGGAUGCUGCUCCAGUGCAUCUUUCGGGGAAACCAGAAGCUGCCGAUAUCGCUUUUGGAAAUUCAUACAUUCGGACACGCUUAUUUUGCAUUGUUGUUGUAUAUUGCGUGGUUUUCUAAACCCGCCGAUAUUUCGCACCCAAUUAAUAUUCCUACAGAUGCCUUUGCGGAUGCGCUUGCUCUGAUGGUCCAAGAACAGUUUUGUGAGGCGCAGAAUAUCAUGACAUGCUUAUACCCGCAACGAACACACGAAAACGAGUUGUCAAUGCUCGCGGUCAGGGCGGAUCCCGAAACCAUGCCCCCCUCCGAUGAAAGGGAUUCCCCGAGCUUGAUACAUUUCAAGGACUCUGAGGGGGAACUUAAAAAGGUCACUUGGAUCGCACCUACAGAUACUUUCUCGGAACUUUGCAUCACUGGCGACGAGGCGGACGGAGUCGCGCUUCCUUGCGGUAUGAGCUACGCCAAGAUGUUUCGUUUGCCGACGAUAAAGUCAGAGCGGCAAGAGUCAUCAGACACAUUACUCUGCUGA